GGCUGUGUUGAGGAAGACAGGUUUCUCGAAGACAUAGGAAUUGCCCAGAUUAAGACAUUAUAAAUACGAUUGUCUCGUCGCAAGUUUCUUCACUGUGUAGUUGAACUUGAAGAAGACUGGGUGAUCACAAGAUGCUUUACAUUGUCGUUCUCGUGUUAUCAGUGGUGAUUUUGCCUCAAUCUUCAGCGCAAUCGCCUGAGAAAGUUGAUUGGUGUGGCCUUGAGAAGGAUAAUUGUGAUCAAGAUGUGGAACAUGUUGCUUGUUUCGAUCCAGAAACCGACCCAAAAUUCUGUCAUGAUGUCAAAUUACUCAAAUUGACCGACGAAAAUAGGCAGGAAAUUGUGAAACGCUACAAUGAAUACAGAAAUCGCGUUGCUGGCGGAGAAUUUCCCGGCAUUCCUUUCAAUGCGUCGCGAAUGAUUCAAGUUAAGUGGGAUGACACUUUGGAGUAUUUGGCAGGAGUUGAGCUGCAAAGGUGCAAAUCCAGCUACUUCUGUCGCGCCGUUCCUAAUCGCCUGACGAAGACAGCUUAUCAAUAUCACGAGUGGAAUACCACAAAACCGUCCGAAAGAUUGGGUCAAAGCUUCAGUGAUUUUGACACGAUGUUUGGAGGCUUCAUCACGUCAGAAUAUGAAUUCAUGGACAGCCAGAUCAAUUGCAAUGAUCUCAUUGUGGAUGUGGAAUCGAAUAAGGUGCGACUGAAGAAUGCGCCGCGCUGGGAUCAUUUGGAUUUCUACUUGAAGAAUAUCGACGAGACAGCUUACAUCUUCGGCUGCGCCAUGGCUUACACGCCAACGUGGGAGGAUCACGAUGGACAGUGUGGAAAGGUGUACGUUAAGUACAUCUGCAACUUCAUGUUCACCGAACAGUACAGCUACAAUACGCUGACCUACAAUAUCGGACCUGCGUGUUCAGAGUGCGAAUCGAAGGGAAUGCGUUGCAGCAAAGAUUAUCCAAAUCUCUGUGAGAUUUACAAAGAAUCCUCUGGCAAUGUUGUUGACAGUUCUUAGAUUUAGUUUUUCGUCUGAGGACUUUCAAUAUCUUUCAGUUACUAUAUAAACAAGUGUCAACUACGUACUUUAAAGCUCUUAAAUAAUAAAUAAUUG